CAUGCAAGGAUCUCGUGGCUCCUGUCCGUGAUCGGAAACUGAAUACGCUAGUGCAGAUCUCAGUAAUACACCCCGCGGAGCAGAGUCUGACAAGAUACUCCAGCACUGAAAUUGUGGAGGGAACAAGAGACCCACUGUUUUUGACUGGUGUCACAUUCCCAGCUGAGUAUCCCAUCUAUGAAGAGACCAAAAUAAAAUUAACAGUCUAUGAUGUCAAGGAUAAGUCUCAUGACACAGUUCGAACCAGUGUCCUAUCUGAACAUAAGGAUUCCCCGUCAGAAGUUGGGCGGAGCUUCUUGGGCCAUGCCAGUUUUAAGGUGGGGGAACUACUGAAGUCAAAGGAGCAACUGCUGGCCCUGAGCCUGAGAACUUUAGAUGGUGGCAAAGUAGUUGGCACCAUAGAAGUCAGUGUUGUGAAGAUGGGGGAGAUUGAAGAUGGGGAAGCUGACCACAUCACGACAGAUGUGCAGGGACAAAAGUGUGCACUGGUAUGUGAAUGUACAGCCCCAGAAAGUGUGAACGGAAAAGAUAACUUACCUUUUCUGAAUGCAGUGUUAAAGAACCCAGUGUGUAAACUGUAUAGAUUUCCCACAUCUGACAAUAAGUGGAUGCGAAUCCGGGAGCAGAUGUCAGAGAGCAUACUUUCUUUUCAUAUUCCUAAGGAAUUGCUUUCCCUUCACAUAAAAGAAGAUUUGUGUAGAAACCAGGAGCUAAAAGAACUUGGUGAACUUUCUCCACACUGGGACAAUCUACGAAAAAAUGUCCUUACUCACUGUGAUCAAAUGGUGAAUUUGUACCAAGACAUUCUGACAGAGCUUAGCAAGGAAACAGGGUCCUCUUUCAAAUCAAGCAGCAGCAAAGGAGAGAAAACAUUAGAAUUUGUCCCAGUAAAUCUACAUCUGCAAAGAAUGCAUGUAUACAGCCCUCACUUGAAAGAUGCUCUCUACGAUGUCAUCACUGUGGGAGCCCCAGCUGCCCAUUUUCAGGGAUUUAAGAAUGGUGGUCUUCGGAAACUACUCCACAGAUUUGAAACAGAAAGAAGAAAUACUGGAUACCAGUUUAUUUACUAUUCACCUGAAAAUACAGCCAAAGCAAAAGAAGUUCUCAGCAACAUCAAUCAACUACAACCUCUUAUAGCAAUCCAUGCAGACCUACUGCUUAAUUCUGCAAGCCAGCGUUCUCCAGACAGCUUGAAGAAUUCUUUAAAGAUGCUUUCAGAAAAAACAGAGCUUUUUGUACAUGCCUUCAAGGAUCAGCUGGUCAGGAGUGCUCUUUUAGCACUGUACACUGCAAGGCCAGGAGGCAUCCUUAAGAAACCACCCUCUCCUAAGAGCAGCACAAAGGAGAGCAGUCCCCAGGACCAACCCCCACUGAUGAGAAGGCAGGACUCCAUACCACAUCAUUCAGACUACGACGAGGAGGAGUGGGACAGGGUGUGGGCCAAUGUGGGGAAGAGCCUGAACUGCAUAAUUGCUAUGGUGGAUAAACUGAUCGAGAGAGAUGGUGGCAGUGAAGCUAGUGGCAGCGGCAGCAGCAAAGAUGGAGAAAAGGACCCUUCACUAGCAGACUCCAUCACAUCUCACCCAAAAGAGGACUGGUAUGAACAGUUGUAUCCCCUCAUCCUUACCCUGAAGGACUGCAUGGGAGAAGUGGUGAACCGAGCCAAGCAGUCCCUGACGUUCGUGCUGCUUCAGGAACUCGCAUACAGCUUGCCCCAGUGUUUGAUGCUGACUCUAAGGAGAGACAUCGUCUUCAGUCAAGCACUUGCUGGAUUGGUCUGUGGUUUUAUCAUCAAAUUACAUACAAGUUUGCAUGACCCUGGCUUCCUACAGCAGCUUCACACGGUGGGGUUGAUAGUACAGUAUGAAGGACUGCUAAGUACAUACAGUGAUGAAAUCGGAAUGCUAGAAGACAUGGCAGUUGGCAUUUCAGAUCUGAAGAAAGUAGCAUUUAGAAUAAUUGAAGCCAAAUCCCGUGAUGUCUUGCCAGUUAUAACAGGAAGGCGUGAACAUUAUGUGGUAGAGGUCAAGCUUCCAGCUAGAAUGUUUGAGUUGCUACCUCUACAGAUUAAAGAAGGACAGUUGCUUCAUGUGUAUCCAGUACUUUUUAAUGUUGGAAUCAAUGAACAGCAAACUCUUGCUGAGAGAUUUGGAGAUGUCUCCUUGCAAGAAUGUAUUAAUCAAGAAAAUUUUGAACUCCUGAAAGAAUAUUACAAGAUAUUUUUGGAAAAAAUGCCACCUGAUUACAUUUCACAUUUUCAAGAACAAAAUGAUUUAAAAGGAUUAUUAGAAAAUCUCCAUCAAAACAUCCAAGCUAAAAAAAGAAAGAAUGUAGAAAUCAUGUGGCUGGCUGCAACGAUAUGUCGCAAACUAAAUGGUAUUCGUUUUACCUGUUGUAAAAGUGCCAAAGACAGGACCUCGAUGUCAGUGACCCUUGAACAGUGCUCCAUCCUGAGAGAUGAACACCAGUUGCACAAGGACUUCUUUAUCCGGGCGCUGGAUUGUAUGAGAAGAGAAGGAUGCCGCAUAGAAAAUGUCCUGAAGAAUAUCAAAUGCAGAAAGUAUGCUUUCAACAUGCUACAGCUGAUGGCAUUUCCCAAGUACUACAGACCUCCAGAGGGGACUUAUGGAAAAGCUGAUACUUAAGUUUACCGACAUGUAAUACGUUUACCAACACAAAUACGUUUCAGUUGGAGAAUCUCCAUCUUGGUCUUUUAUUUUUAUGUUUUUAUUGUCGUGAACUUGUGAGCAUAGCUUAUCACAGAUGUUUGCCCAAAUCUAGGAAUUACUUGUGAAUCAGUUAUCAGCAUAUUACUCUGAAAGAAAUCCAUAAAAAAACCAAACCUUCCUUAAUAUUGCCACUUCUAGUCCUAAGCCUGAAUGUAUUGACCUUCACUGAUUGAGAUCCGUUCAAAUUCAAAAAUCAGUAUAAAUUUUAUUCGUGGAGUAUUUAAUAAAAGACAUUCUGAGAAAACCUAAAUUGCUUCAAUAGGACUAGAGGUGACUCAGAGGGUGGUACUCUCCAUCCAAAAUAAGGAGAGGAUAAAGAAGAAAGAGACUUUUUCUGUGAUACUACAUCACAGCCUGUGAGAACACACACAACCUGAGAACCCACUUAUGGAAUUUCAAAAUAAUUUUCUAGCAAAUAAAACUUAGGUAGAGUUAACGCACGAUCUUGACAGUUGAGGCAGUUUGCAGGUGUGUUGGUAAAGACCUUUGUCAUCCGGUUAAGAUGUGACCACUCUUCCUAAACAGGUAUGUGAACAGGGUUAGUACAGCAGCAAACGGACCUUUCAAAACCACGGUAUCUUUUUGAAACCCUGAUGUGGGUUGUGUGUCCCAGCUGUGGAAGUGGCGAUACAGAAAGUUGAAUAGUGUUAUAGACAAAACGUUGCAAGGAACUGCAAUUGCAAGGAAAUAGGGGUAACAGUCUCUUUAUGGCCAGAAUGAAAAUCCCCAUCAGCCUGAACUUUAUGUAGUGAAGUUCAUAAAUGUCAGUGAAAUCUUUGAGAUGUUUCUAGCAGUCAUCUUGGUGUAAGUACGCAGUUCGGUGCAUGUUAGUACACAUGAAUAAACCUUUAAAACAUAUGCCACCAUAACUAAUGGUAAACUAAAAUAAUUAUUUUCUGUUACCCUGAGUUUUGAAUUUUUUCUCACUCACUAAAAUAACACCAUUCAUAAGUUUUCCAAAAUUCUGAAUUAAUAAUUGUCCUUAGAGACCAUCUUGUAUGAUAACAUGAUUCAAAAAGUGGGUAAAUUAAGGCCAAUCACCCCCAACCACCCAGCUAGAUAAUUGCAGAAUCGGGGUUACAAUUUCUCCUUACCUUCCUAGCCUGUGGCUUGUCCCUUGUCCAAAUUGCUAUGCUCAAUAUGCAUGGAAAUUGAGAGAAUACCUGUUAGUUGAAUUAAAGUUAGAAUUUAUCACUGGUAUUGAAGCUUAGAGUAUGAAAGUCUGAACAAAUAAAAACCUAUUUUUUCCAAAUUUAAAAAGUUUAUUCCUCUUCCUUUCUUAUGAAAGAAGCGUGCUACCCAGAGCAUAACUCUGGCUUGGAAAUGCCAGAGACUUAUUCCACAGACAGAUCUUAGCUCUGGCCACAUCCAAUGGAUGAUAUGGGCGCUUUCCAUAGCUACUGUGAUAGCUCCUCACCUAAGAUGCCUGUUGAAAUAAGAAUUUCAAAUAGAGUUCUAGCCCCAUGUUGAAUUUUUCGAGUUACUACAAAUUUUAGAUAACCCUUGGGGCUUUUCAUGCUAGAAUUAUCGACUUCUUAUUUUAGCUAGUGACCUGCAAGCAUUAUAAUUGAGGCAGUUGCCAGACUAUGUGCAGCUUUUUUAAUGAAAAUAUACUGUGUACUCUGGAUCUACUUAUAGAUAAAAUUAUCUUGAUGUUCUUUAUUGUACUUCAUUCUCCAUUUCAAUAAUUAAAUUAUUGAAUUGUUCAAUUUCAUUUGAAAAUCGUGGGAUUUGUGGUUAUUUUCAUUCCCACAUUGAAUUUAGGAUAAAGAGGUUGGGAUGAUAAAGGUCUCCUUGAACAGCUAUCAAGCCUCAUUCAGUAUAUCAAAUGGUAGUCUGAGUUCCAGGAGACCUUAAAUGAUUUAUCAUCCUGUUAAUACUCUUAGAAACUUUUAAAAAAAUGUUUUAAAAAACGAAACCUCUUGACUAAAAUAUGGAAAAUUAUUUAUAACUAGAAAAACAACAGUAGGGGUUUCUAUUUUUAGAAGACAUUUCAAAGAUUUUUUAAAAAAUAAAUACUAACACACGAGUCUCAAUGUACGGAGCUUACUGUAAUGCAAACACAUGAAUUUUCAUUUAUUAUUAGCAUGGUCAUCUAAAUUUUCUCAUAAAAAGCCUGUAUUUGUGCCCAUUUCUAAAAGUGAAUUUCAUUGAGAAAAUUCACGUUUCAUUUUGACAACAAUAUUGCUCCUUUCCUGAGAGAUAGUCUAAAUACCCUUGGACAACUUCUUCACUACUUCUAAAGUUAUUAAGGUUUUCUAAAUCAAAGAGGCCAUGUUCAACAAAAAUGUCUUUAAAUCUUCCUUGUACAAACACAGCUGUAGCAAUAUUUUUCUAGGUAUAUUUUCAUUUAAAAGAUACAUCAGCUGGCCUAUUUUAGGAGAUCAUGUUGAGCCAAAAAAUGAACCAAGAAAAUGACAUUUCAAAGGAACUUUUUUUUUUUUUUGCUCAAAAAUAUGUUUUUCCUUUAUCAUUAUCAAAUGCAGAUAUCAGUUCUGGAUUAGCUGUUUACUGAAUCUCGGGAAAAACAUAUUUAAAGACAAGGAAAGAUGGAACCUUGAUUACGGUUGACUCAGGGACAAAAGAUCCAGAGUCUGGAAAUGUUCCUCAAAACAGCUUAAACAGAAAAAUUUUAAAUAUUAUAUUGAAAAAACAGAUUCACCCUUAGAUGCAAUCAUUCAUUUAUUUCUUAUGCGGUUGUUUUUUUCUUUUAAAUAUUUCCUUUCAUUUUAUCCACACGUUGCCAAAACAACACUUCCAUGCACAUAGUUUGGUCAGUCCCAUAAUCCAGUGGGUCAGAGCAAGCAUUUGAUCCAGGUGACGAAUUGUACUAAAAUGACAAACUGCCUGGUUAGGGCAGUACUCCAGAUAACCAACCUCCAGCCGUUACUUUUUCAGACUAACACCUCUUCUGAAAAACUGUGGAGACUUAAAAGCUAUUAUUUGGAUGAAAGAUACUUCUCUUUUUUUAAUUUAACUGUGUAUGAUAUUUUGCAUAAAAUAAGAGUCAAGGUGAGAAAAAAAAAAUUCUGAUGUGUAUCGAGUAAUGCUUUUCUUCCCAAGCAUAUCAAACCCGUCCCUCUGUAAAGACUAGAUAGUGUGUCAAGAGUGACAGUACCAGGCGUGUGCUGGAACUGGCUCAUACUGACUCAUACUGACUAUGAAUGUUGGUCACUAAAAAUUCAGGAAUUUUGUGAAGCUGGCUUUAAAACACAACCAUUGUUAAAUAUUAAAUUAUAAAAUACAAUUGAAUAUGUUUUAUUAAAAGCAAAGGUAGUGAUUAAAACUUACUACUUCCUAACUAUUUUGCUGUAUGUUACUAUUUAUCUAUGCUCUUGAGGUUAUUUAUGUCUAUUGUAACUUUACAGUGGAAAUACUGCAUGAUUGUGUGCUAUUGCGCGUUUCUUCCGUAUGCAGUAGCACUACAUUGGUAGCUUGAAGUUGGCCACUGUGGGAGUAUUUACAACGUAGAAACUGGCAAAUUAGGGCUUUUAAUUCCUGGAAAGCCUGUUGCUAAACAUUUACUAAUGCACAACUGAAUGCCACCAUUACUUUUUCUCUAGAAAACAAUAAAUUAUUGGAAGCACUAUAAAAGUAUUAAAAUGAUAUUAAAUACAAUCACUCAUUUUUAGAUGGCUAUGAUUUUGUUUUGUUUUUUUACCCUCUUUAAAGACUUCAUUAGGCUAUAUAUUUGAUGUCUGUAUUUUACUCAUAAUUAAAUUAUUAAAUCAUAGCAAUCAUUUAAAAAAAUUCUCGAUGAUGUGUUCUUUAAGGAAAAUCUUAGCAAUGCAGCUUUAGUAUAAGCAGUAACUCACAGCUAAACUCAGAGAAAUGUUAACCUAAUCAGUAUCAAUUUUUAAGCUUAUAAUUUUGGCAUUAGCUAAAAGUAGGAAAAACAGUAACAUAUUACUGUUCCCAGAUACUAAUAAAUAUAGCUCAAUUGAACUCACACUGUUAGAUUAAAUGAAUUAAACUCUGGCGGUAUGCUAAAUCGCCACAGAUGUUUUAGGUGCUUGAUUUCCAAGCAGGAUGCUAUAUCAUUUGUUUAGUUCAAUAUAUAGGAUGCCAUUUGUAAUCUUUUAGUAAAUAAAUUAACUUUUAUCACAGAUUUAAGAAACUGGUCUGAGAAAACUGUGAUCAGCAGUUACGGAGUGAAGCAAACAUACUGAUCACAAGGCGUCCCUGAUAGUGCGAGGCUUUACAAAUUAAGCAAUACUAAAAGCAAUUAUUUGCUGAAAACUGCAGUUAAUUUAGCCAAGCUGCAAUCUGCAUAAGCUAUGCUUUUUUCCCAUAUUUAUGUUUCUUAGCUUUAUAAAAUCCCAAUACCUUAUAUCUUUUGUUUCUUUGGCAGUUUUAAGUUAGGACUUUGUAACCAAAGAGAUGUUACCUAUAGCAAAAACUGUGUUUAAGAGUAGGAAAACAAAAAUAAUGUUUUAAGUAAAAUAUUGCAGGCCAGUUAGGUGUGUAAGGUAUGGAAAUUUGCAUUUUUUCUGAGUCAUUGUUUCCAUUAAUCACUGAAUUUUAUUUCUAAGCAAGUAAGAGAAUGUCUAAAAUAUUUCUGAUUUAAAAGAAACAAAUCAUGUCUAGCUAUUAGUAACAAGGAGAAAGGAGGAAAAAUUGUAACGUAAUAUUAACCAAAGAAAUGUACAUGCAAUCAGCUUUCCUGAGCUGGACUUUUUAUAGAUUGUACGCAUAUUUAGAUUUUUAAACUAAAAAAGAAAUCUCACAAUUAAGAAUAGUACCCAGAGAGUAAAUAUCUAGGGAAAGAAGACCUAAUACGAGUAAUGUUGCCUGAUAAACCAUAUCUUGCUAAUAAAAUAUAUCUUUUAGUAAAUACAGUUCUUUAGGAAGAAGAUAUUGCCUUUUCACACUUGUGGUAUGAAUAUAUUCACAAUAAUCCUAAAAUCAUCUAAAUUACUGCCAGGUCAUAAAAGGGCAUAAUUCAAUAGCACAUCUUUAAAGAUGACCUGGUAUGAUUUUGUAUACUAACAGGCAAUUUUGACUCAUUUUAUAUAUAUGAUUUUAUAUAGAGAGAGAGAUGAAAUAUAGAUAAUAUAGGUUGCUAUAUUAUCUAUAUGAUUCUUGUGAUGCUUUUAUAUCACUAUCAACAUUUAAAAUAUUCACGUUAAAGAACUUUCAAAAGCUGGACUGCAUAUAUCUGUAACUGUGUAGAUACCUCCCCUCACUGCAUACAUACAAUCCUUAGUACACUUAUACUUCUCAAGUGGAUGUUUUAUUACUUAAACCAACACCUAAUUUUCAGAUUCUUAUGGUACUCAUCUGAAAGGGUGGCAUUUGUUUUCUUUUUAUGUGAAAUAUAUAUUCUAGAUGAACGAGUAACGUGUAUUCCUAGGAAAUGAGGCACAGUAAAUACACUCAUUUUAUAUUGUCAUUUGAAGAAAUAUCAUUUUUGUUUUAUUAUUCUGUGUAAACCAUAUUCAUUGUACA